CACACCGGCAUCCAGCAGAGACGCGCCGACACACCCCAGAACACCACCGGAGAGAAAAGACCGACCGAGAAGAAGAAAGAUGAGAGAAAUAGUUCACAUCCAGGCGGGACAGUGCGGGAACCAGAUCGGGACCAAGUUUUGGGAAGUGAUCAGCGACGAGCAUGGCAUCGACCCUGCAGGGAGCUACGUGGGUGACUCAUCUCUUCAGCUGGACAGGGUCAACGUCUACUACAAUGAGGCCUCCUCACAUAAAUACGUCCCCCGGGCAGUGUUGGUGGACCUGGAACCAGGAACCAUGGACAGCGUGCGCUCAGGAGCCUUUGGGCAACUCUUCAGACCAGACAACUUCAUCUUUGGUCAGACAGGUGCGGGGAACAACUGGGCCAAAGGUCACUACACGGAGGGGGCGGAGCUCGUGGACUCGGUCCUGGACAUAGUGAGGAAGGAGUGCGAGCACUGCGACUGUCUCCAGGGUUUCCAGCUGACUCACUCUCUGGGAGGGGGCACCGGCUCGGGCAUGGGCACCCUGCUGAUCAGCAAGAUCCGGGAGGAGUACCCCGAUCGGAUCAUGAACACCUUCAGUGUCAUGCCCUCACCUAAGGUUUCGGACACCGUGGUGGAGCCCUACAACGCCACUCUGUCCGUCCACCAGCUGGUGGAAAACACAGACGAGACCUACUGCAUCGACAACGAGGCCCUUUACGACAUCUGCUUCCGCACGCUUAAACUCACAACGCCCACCUACGGCGACCUCAACCACCUGGUGUCGGCCACCAUGAGCGGCGUCACAACCUCGCUCCGCUUCCCCGGGCAGCUCAACGCAGAUCUUCGCAAGCUGGCCGUCAACAUGGUGCCUUUCCCCAGGCUCCACUUCUUCAUGCCGGGGUUCGCUCCUCUGACGGCGCGAGGCAGCCAGCAAUACCGAGCGCUCACCGUUCCCGAGCUCACCCAGCAGAUGUUCGACGCCAGAAACAUGAUGGCGGCUUGUGACCCUCGCCACGGACGAUACCUCACCGUCGCCACCGUCUUCCGCGGGCCCAUGUCCAUGAAGGAGGUGGACGAGCAGAUGCUGAACGUCCAGAACAAGAACAGCAGCUACUUCGUGGAGUGGAUUCCCAACAACGUCAAGGUCGCCGUCUGCGACAUUGCUCCUCGGGGGCUCAAGAUGGCCGCCACCUUCAUCGGCAACAGUACGGCAAUCCAGGAGCUGUUCAAGCGGAUCUCUGAGCAGUUCUCGGCCAUGUUCCGCCGAAAGGCUUUCCUGCAUUGGUUCACGGGCGAGGGCAUGGACGAGAUGGAGUUCACAGAGGCGGAGAGCAACAUGAACGACCUGGUGUCCGAGUACCAGCAGUACCAGGAGGCCACCGCCAACGACGGCGAUGAGAACUUUGAGGACGAGGAGGACGAGAUUGUUGAGUAAGGAGACCGAGCGAGGCCGGUAAAACUCAGAACACUGGUAGACUGAUCGUGGGAUGAGAAAUAACAAAUCUAGUGGUUCUGACCCAUUUAGACAGGAAGUCAAGUCGAAUUCAGUUAGAAAUAUAAAACAUUUGCCACAGCUUCAAAGAUUUAGUUAUUUAAAUAAAUAUCUUCUGGGUUGUUUUGGGGGGCUAAUUAUAUAUCUGAAGAUAAACUGUCCUUGUAAAGUUAUUUUUCCUCAAAUCUAAGAUUUCUAUUCCAAAACAAAUUCUAAAACAUGUGCUCAGUAUGUUCCACAACUGUUUCCCAUGACAAACAUCAUGACUUCAGUACACAAUAAUAUAAAACUUUAUGUUUACUUUUAUUUGAGGACAGUCAACAUUGGUUCCUUUUGACCGUGAUUUUUCUCUAAAUUUAACAAAGUCAUUUUUGUUCCUAAAUCUAACCCAACUUUAACCUGUCCGAUCAGAAAACGCUCGGAUCUAACUUUGGACGGCAGUGACGACCUGUCCUGCUGAUUAUAUCAGUUCUAGGAAUGCAAAGAAUACAAUGUGACAACCAAUGUCUGUCACUGUUUGGUAAGUUGGUAGAAUAAUAAAAGCUAAUAUUUUAAUUUAAUGCAGUGAAAAUGAGAAGGUGUCAAAAAUACAAACACAAGAUGCUAAAACCUUGAAGUGGAAAGAUGAAGGCAUGUUUUGACGUCACUUUUAUAUAAAACAGACGCAAAGACACAUGCUUGUAUUAAAUUUACAAAAUCCCGAUCAUCGCUUGUCGUACUGUGUUCGAGUGUGUUUGUUGUUUUCUAACUGUGAUUUUUGUAAAUGUGAGCGCAUCCAGAGCGGCUGAAAUAAAAGCUUUGUUUAAGGCCUGACACUGUUA